CCGAUUCUCAAACGAGCACGCGAUGAGAUGGUCAAUCAGGGCUGUCUUUGUCACCAUCUAGCUUGAAGGCCAUUGCGGACGCACCCAUCCCGUUACUUUGACUGGCCGCAUGCGCCAUCAAGCCGAUGGCCGUAUCGGCUGAUUGUGAGAGUCCACGUCGCACCGACCGCACAUGAAGAUUUGCUAUGAUGGUUGAUCGGAACACGUCCUGUAUGGGCUAUGGGACUGUGAACGUGGGCGGCAUGCCACGCAUGUUGAUGCCGGUUUCGCUCUUGGCCGUCUCGGCUUCGAAUCCAUCGGCGCGUGGAGGAGGAUCCCAAGGCCGUGAGCAACCCAUCAGGAAGGGGGCGAAUCUGGCGAAGAGGGAAUGGGGACGCCGUGUGAGGCAUACGCAGCCGGAUGCCUCCGUUGGAUCGGCAGCGCGUUUGCGAUGGGCACCUCGCGCCUGCUCUCUGCGCCCGCUUCUCCACGCCCUGGGCGGACCGCAUUUCUGGGGCCACGAUCACGACCCUUUUCGAUGGUUGGAACCCAGAUCGAGCAGGGAGGCUGCCGAUUAUGGCCGUCCUUGGGGCGUGGUUUGUGGGACAGCAGUGCUCACGUCCGGCAGCUCGACUGCCUGCCUGGUGCGCCUCAGAGCGAGGGGGGGGGGGAAUUGGGAGGAGGGGAGAGGCCUAGGCAGAGAGUUCGCCCCAGUCAUGCAUUAGGUCCAUCCUGUCGUUCUGUUCCUGCCGCGCCCGAUUUGCGUUCGUCACCGAAAUGGCGGCUGACCGGCGUUCGCUAGAAUAGUUUCCAGGCCGAUUGCAGUCCACCCG